UACUUCUGUGUGUAACAGUGUGGCCUUAGCAGUGUCUAGUCAAAAAUAUGUUUAGCAUUGCACCUGAAAUCUGGUAAAUGUACCUGGCAGAUAACUUUUGACAGUCAGUUUAGUUCUAGUUGUUGUAGUUCAUGGAGAUGAGAACAUGAGAAACUACCCAGUACUUGAUUUUCAUGUAUUUGUGAAAUAAAUUAACGGGGUGAGAAAGUAAGGAAUCUUUCAGGCACCUCAUCCAAAUAAGUAAAAAACAGGUUUUGUUUUCUCUCCACAGACUGAAGCUGGAUAGAAUUCUCUUUAAGUGUGAAGACCCCUUUCUCUCUGACGAAGAUGAAGACGGUUCUCAUGGUAGCGGAGAAGCCAUCUCUGGCUCAGUCUAUCGCCAAAAUUCUUUCAAGAGGAAACAUGUCUUCUCGCAAAGGGCUAAAUGGAGCAUGUUCAGUGCAUGAAUACACAGGUUCAUUCAUGGGACAAAGUGUCCACUUCAAGAUGACAUCCGUGUGUGGCCACGUCAUGACAUUGGAUUUUAUAGGAAAAUACAACAACUGGGAUAAAGUGGACCCAGCUGAACUUUUUAGUAAAGCUCCUACAGAAAAGAAAGAAGCUAAUCCCAAACUGAAUAUGGUGAAAUUCUUGCAGGUGGAAGGAAGAGGUUGUGACUGUAUUGUUCUUUGGUUGGAUUGUGAUAAGGAAGGUGAAAACAUCUGCUUUGAGGUAUGUUUCUAGUCAAUAUAUUUAUUU